AUGACACCAGUGCCAAAUUCAUUCCCUUCUCCCCUCCCUCCCCUACCAGUGGGAAGACACCUCCCAGGCGGCCAUGGCCUCGAUCCUGCAGUUUCCCCCAACACAACAGAAGGCUUCCACUUGAACCAUCUCAUGCUCAGAAUCCACGAUCCCAGCGAAUCGCUCCACUUCUACAUAGACCUAAUGGGUCUCCGUACCAUCUUUGCAAUGAACACCGGUCCAUGCUCAGUCUAUUACUUGGGUCAUCCACAAACCGAAGCCGAGCGCGCACAUCCUAAACUAUAUGCACAGAACACCGUUCCGAAUGAUGUCCUCACCAAGACGAAGGGGCUAAUUGAGCUGGUGCAUAUUCACGGAACGGAGAAAUUGUCGAAGGAGGAGUAUAAAUUGCAGAGUGGGAAUGUGGCGCCGUGGUUGGGGUUUGGACAUGUUGGUUUUACGGUACCGGAUGUUCCUGCGGCGCUUCAGAGGCUGAAAGAGAAUGGAGUGAAUGUGUUGAAGGAUGUGGGUUAUGCGGAAAGGGAACAUGUGCCGAUUACGGAGUGGGAGAGCUCGGAGUUGGGUGCUGGUGUGGGCGAGUUGCAUGAGGGUUACAAGCAUGUGCUUUCGCAGAUAGGGUUUGUUGAAGAUCCCAACGGAUACUGGAUAGAGCUUGUGCCGCAGAACAUGAAGUGA